AUGUUGGACCCCACGUAUCCCCUCUUCCCUACCUUCGCCUUCCUCGGCUUCGUGCUCGCCCUCGUCCCUCUGCCCUGGCAUCUCCAGGCAUGGAACUCGGGCACCUGCUUCUUCAUGGUGUGGACGGCCCUCGGCUGCCUCAACCAGUUCGUCAACUCCAUAGUCUGGAAGGACAACGCGAUCAACUCCGCGCCCAUUUGGUGCGAGAUUUCUAUUCGCAUCACUAUGGGCCUCUCUGUCGGGCUCCCGGCCUCUUCCCUAUGCAUCAUUCGUCGCCUGUACCACAUUGCGAAGGUGCGGGCUGUAUCGCAUACGCGCGCCGAGAAAAUGCGCGUCAUCAUCAUAGACGCGCUCAUCUGCGUCUUGUUCCCCUUGGUCUACAUUGCCAUGCAAUACAUCGUCCAAGGCCACCGCUUCAACAUUCUCGAGAACGUCGGCUGCUACCCCGCCGUCUUCAACACCCCCGUCACCUACGUCGUCUCGUACAUCUGGCCGGUCCUCAUCGGCAUGGUCUCUGCCACCUACUCCGUCCUCGCCCUCAUCGAGUUCAACCGCCACCGCCUGCAAUUCAGCCAGUUCCUCCACAGCAACUCCACGCUCAGCGUCUCGCGCUACCUCCGCCUCAUGGCGCUCGCCAUGACCGAGAUGUGCUGCACCGUCCCCCUCGGCAUCUUCGUCAUCGUCCUCAACUGCACGUCCACGCCCAUCGAGCCCUGGGUUAGCCUGAAGGCGACACACUACUGGUAUUCGCGCGUCGACCAGUACCCCGCAGUCGUCUGGCGCAGCAGCCACCUCGUCGUCGUGUGCAACGAGCUGACGCGCUGGCUCGCGCCGGUCAGCGCGAUGCUGUUCUUCGCGUACUUCGGCUUCGCGCAGGAGGCGCGGAGGAACUACGCCGCUGCAUGGGCCUGGGCCUGCCGUGCGCUAGGCUUGCCCGAGCGCAUUGCGACGCUGCCGACGACGAAGAGCAAGGGCCCCGGCUUCGCGGAGAAGUUCGCGGCGAAGGCGAAGGGGCUCUCGAGCUUCAACGUCAAGGACUUCACCUCCGAGUUCUCCUCCAAGGCGCACGACUUCACCUCCAAGGCGAAGCAGUACACACUCCCUCGCCCCAUGCCGCAGACGCCGUCUUCGUCUGGCUUCUCGUCGUCGGAGUCGACGCGCUUCGGCUCGUCUGUGGACGGGAAAGAGCUCCCUUCGCCUACCACCAAGGAGUUCUCGUCCCCGAUCCCGAUCCAUCUCUCCGGCAUGCAGACGCUGGUGUCGUUCGACUCGAACAAGGAUCUCCCGUCGCCGCCCGCGUACGACGUCGAGGCGCAGUACGGGCCGUACAACAUCGACAACCGCGUGUCGUAUCACAUCGCGGACGCGGGUGUCCGCGCCUCGUACCCUAUGGGCGUCGCGUACUCCAGUGAUUCCGAGCACCGGCGCAUCAACCCUCACGCCACCUUCACGAGCGCAAACAACGACACGGAUGAGCCGACCUCCCCCGCCCUCCCGGACACGCCGAGCUCGUGCUCGUCGUCGGCGACGUUCUCGACGCUGCAGUCGCGCGACUUCAUCGUGCUGCCGAGUACCACCGAUGUCACUAGGGACACAGGGUCGCUGCCUAUCCGUCGCUCGCCUGCGGGCCCGCCCCGGCUGCCGAGCCUGUCGCAGCUUUUUGGCAUCUCGUCGAUGAGGGCGGAGGGGAGGGAUGUGGAGGCGCAGGUGCAGGAUGUGGCGACUGGUACGGCUGCGCCUACUACCACCGCGCCUGCACCGGCAUCUACGACUAUCGCACCGGCGACAACCACCGCCACUGCACCGACGACGACCGCAAAUAUCCAGCGCGGUGAGCCCGACGUGCCCACUUCUCCACGGACGCACCGCGCGUCGGUGUAA